AUGAGGAAGCUUUUCUUGUUCGGGUUUCUAGUGGCAGGACUGAUUCUGGGGACUGAAGCCAAUGGGUUACUUGAGUUCAAUGUCACAGAUUUAGAUCGCAUUGAGGAAUUAGAGUUUGGUUUCUCCAAAUUUAGCUCCAAUUACAACCCUUUAAUGGUCGGCCUCACACUUAUCAGAGGAGCUGGUGCCAAAGGAGCUGUUUGUUUGGAUGGAACAUUGCCUGGAUAUCACUUGCAUCGUGGGCAUGGAUCCGGAGCCAAUAGCUGGCUAAUUCAAUUAGAGGGAGGAGGAUGGUGUGACAACAUUAGGAACUGUGUAUACCGAAAGAAGACUCGUCGUGGAUCAUCUAACUAUAUGGAGAAACAGAUACAGUUUACAGGAAUACUUAGCAAUAAAGCUCAAGAAAAUCCAGAUUUUUUUAACUGGAAUAGAGUCAAGCUUCGUUACUGCGAUGGUGGUUCCUUUAGCGGGGAUAGUCAGAACAAGGCUGCACGGCUUCAGUUCAGAGGAGAGCGGAUAUGGAGAGCCGCAAUGGAUGAUUUGAAGUCAAAAGGAAUGCGAAAUGCCAAACAGGCACUUCUAUCUGGAUGCUCUGCAGGUGGUCUAGCAGUGAUUUUACGCUGUGACGAAUUCAGAAACUUGUUUUCAAGAACUACCAAAGUCAAGUGCUUAAGCGAUGCAGGCUUGUUCUUGGACACGCCUGAUGUUUCCGGUGGCCACACAAUCAGAAAUCUAUACAAUGGCGUUGUGCAGUUGCAGGGAGUGAGGAACAAUCUGCCACAUUUAUGCACAAAUCAUCUCAAUCCAACCUCUUGUUUCUUCCCUCAAAACUUAAUCAGUCAGAUGAAAACUCCUCUUUUUAUUGUCAAUGCAGCAUAUGAUAUUUGGCAGAUUCAAAGCAGUAUCGCUCCGCCAAGUGCAGAUCCUAGUGGUUAUUGGCAUGAAUGUAGACUAAACCAUGGAAGAUGCACUCCCGCACAAAUCCGGUUCUUGCAAGGAUUUAGAGAUCAGAUGUUGAGAGUUGUGAGUGGAUUCUCGAAUUCAAGAAAGAAUGGUUUGUUUAUCAAUUCUUGCUUUGCUCAUUGCCAAACCGAAAGGCAAGACACUUGGUUUGCCGAUGAUUCUCCUGUUAUCCACAAAAAGGUAACCACUUCUUGCCUUGGAUAA